AUGACCCCAUUGCCUGCUGACAGUUUCCUGGCUCAGGAAGCAUCACUGAGCCUUGUCCCUGCCUUCCCUCCUCUGCAGAGUGCUGGCACCCGAAGGGAACAAGCACGACAGCUGGUCAUAGACCUGGAGACCCGCGGGAAGCAGGCCUUCCCAAUAUUCCUCUCCAUCCUGAGGGAAACUGGGCAUGAUGACCUGGCUGACAUGCUGGAUGAGGGGUGUGGAAGCCCCAUCUCCCCACCUGUGGACCUGAGGCCUGUGCAGCUGGAGCUGCCCGGAGAAAGGCGUGACAAAAGUGUGAGCACUGCAGAACGCUUGUCCAUCCCAGUCCAAGCUGAGAGUCAGCGAUUUCAGAUGCCUCCAGCACCAGCCCAUGGUUCAGCUGUUGACAAGAGUGACCACAGACUGGUGUACCAGCUGCGAGCAGACCCUUGUGGGCACUGCCUGAUCUUCAACAAUGUCAACUUCAGCAGAGAUUCUGAUCUGUCAGCUCGGGCUGGCUCUGACAUAGACUGUGAGAAGCUGGAGAAACGUUUCAAGUCCUUGUGCUUCCACGUCCGGACCUUGAGGAAUCUCAAAGCUCAGGAAAUUGAUCUGGAGCUGCGGAAGCUGGCACGGCUCGACCACAGCACCCUGGACUGCUGCCUCGUGGUCAUCCUCUCCCAUGGCUGCCAGACAAGCCAUAUUCAGUUUCCCGGAGGGAUUUACGGAACAGAUGGCAAAACCAUUCCAAUUGAAAAGAUUGUGAACUAUUUCAAUGGGUCCCAGUGCCCAAGUUUGAGAGGAAAACCCAAACUCUUCUUCAUCCAGGCCUGUGGAGGAGAACAAAAGGACCAGGGAUUUGAGGUGGGUUGUGAAUCACCCCAAGAUGAAACUUGCCGAGGUUCCGUAGAGUCGGAUGCGAUUCCUUUCCAGGCUCCAUCAGGGAGUGUGGAUGAGCCAGAUGCUGUUGCCAGUUUGCCCACUCCUGGUGACAUCUUGGUGUCCUAUUCAACUUUUCCAGGUUUUGUGUCCUGGAGGGACAAGGUGAGUGGCUCGUGGUAUGUGGAAACCCUGGAUGAUGUGCUGGAACAUUAUGCCCGUUCUGAAGACCUGCUAACCAUGUUGCUCCGGGUGUCAGACAUCGUAUCCACCAAGGGGAAGUACAAGCAGAUCCCAGGCUGUUUCAACUUUCUACGUAAAAAAUUCUUCUUCCUGUGCAAAUGAUGUGGGGGUGUUGAGGUCCCAGUCAACGUGAGGUUUGCUUCCCUGUGGCUGGAUGAAAGCUGUCCCUGCUGUGACUUGAACCAGGUGCUCCUGGUGACCGCUGUCUGGCUUUGGAGGGGUCUCUCCUGAGAAAUGCAGUCUGAGUGCUGUCGUUGGGGUGAUCAUCCCCAAGAUGAGGACUGGCCCUGUCCCACCUUGUAGGGAACGUGUUUUAGCAGGGAUGUUGGGCUUGAUGCUCUCCAGAGGUACCUUCCAACCCCUAUGAUUCUAUCCCAGUGAGAGGAAGGGGGAAGGGAUGUGUGUUGGAAUCCCCAGUGCCAGCCCAGUGAUCCCAUUGUGGAGUGAGAGCCUCCAGCUGUGCUGUGGCUGUGCUCUCCUUCCUGGUGUGACUGCAGGGGAUUGGAGGAGUCAAUGGAAUCAAUUACUGGAAUCAAUUGCUGGAAUCAAUACAAAUACAUGAUUUUUGCAACAAGAGAUUUUUCGGUUUGAGUGAAACAAAAACCAAAAG